CGCCGUAGUCGGAGCCGUCGCCGGAGCCCGCCGGCACCAUGCAGCGAGCCCGCACCCGCGCCCUGCUCUGCCUCGCUCUGGCCGCGCUGCUCGGCCCGCCCGCCCAGGCGUGGUACAAGCAGGCGGCCGGACCCAGCGCCUACUCGGUGGGCAGAGCCUCGGGACUCCUGUCCGGGAUCCGCCGCGCGCCCCACGUCCGCCGCGCCGAGAGCUGGACAGACAGCGCCGAGCGCCGCGCCGCGCCGCUGCCCCCCGAGCCGCCGGGCCCCGCGCUCCGGAGCACGGCUCUGUGUGUGAAGGACCUUGCCCUGGAGCUGCCCAACUGCCAGCUGCUGACCGGAGCCCCCAGCACCAUCCAGUGCAAGGCUGAUGUCACCAUCUCCCUGGACCCCUCAGCCUGCAACAGCACCUAAUCCCCCCACCAUGGGGAGCAGCACCCUAUCAUCUGCAUCUGACAAUAAAGGCACCUUUAAACCAUCUCCUCUGUCUCCUGCCUGGGGGGGGGGGAGGUGCCAGCCCCAGGAUCGCUCUGCCCCACGGUUCUGUGCACACCUGCUUCCCCCUGGAGGGACCUGCCUUCCACCCCUGCUCACCCCUGGGGGAUCCCUGAGGGGCUGUGCUAGGAGGGAGGGGCCC